GGCUUGCGGUUGAGAGAAAAGUUCCUGGAAAUACUCAUUGCUUUAAUCUUUGUGUCUUAGUGAGAUAGGAGAAUUGAUGAAAUCAUUCUUUGUCAUUUCGUUCGUACACUAGGCAGGCAAUCGAAUCGAGACGCCACCUCAGAAACAACCAUGAUAAUUGCCAACCAAAAACCAAUUAACGAACCUAUGGAAACAAGCGAGAGACCGAAGGAUACGACUCGAUACAUAAAAAUAGGUAAUUUCGUUAUUACCUCCAUUGUUUGAUAAACUACGCGAUUUGGAGGGGAGUUGAGGAGAGAAAACUGUAUAAAAAUUAUAACCUUUUGAAAUAGACGCUUGAAUGCUUUUGGGUAGAUAAUGCUUUGCAGUCUUUCGAUUCAAUAGAAACUUGCUUAGGAGCGACAGACAAAUACAAUGAAUGAGAUCGGUAAAGCGCACUUUGACCCAUCUUUCAAAAUUAUUACCUCCCGACUUGAAAUUAAAUUUAUAUUGCCAACAGGAGUAUAGGAUAUCCUCAAUUUCAAAGCUCACAACAUAAUCAUAAUUAGUUCGUCAACCUAGCAAUGAGUCGUUCCUCUGGAUUGUCGAGUGAUGCAUACCGUCGAGAAAUGGAGCAAAACAUGACGGAGGAAGAGCGCAUCGUUUUCGCGAUCUACUCGCUUUAUCCUUGUAGCUUGCUGCUCGAAUGGCCAAGAUUGCGGAGAUGGCAGAGAAAAAGAACAGUCAGCCGAAAGUGAACAGCGUCCUGAAGGAAGUAACUUCCAUGGUGCAGAAGAAAACGCCAACAUUAGAUACAUCUAUUUCCAAAACUGUAGCCACUUUCGUUGCGAUGAACGCUGUAGACACCCGAAGUCCGAAAAGUCACAUUCCUAACCAAAGCACAGCGUGAAAAGCUUCGAAAGGAAGAGGAAGAGAACCGAAAGAAAGAAUUGGAAGUAUUUGUCGUGUUUCUGCUUUUCUAUCUUCCAGAUCAAGCAGCGUCAGCACACCCGUCGUCACCACGAAUUCAGUCGCGAAGAAGCUCUCGAAGCCGAGCAGCGCCGCAAAGAGGAGCGUGAAGCUUUAGAGCGCCGUCGUCAGCAAGAAGCGGAAGCUCCCAAAGAAGAGUCGAUCCCCAUGCACGUCCUUUUAUCUAGAGAAGACGACUAUCACAAAGCCAUCGAGAAAGGCAUCAAAGAGCAGUUCAUCGGGAACGAGAAACGCCAUCGCCGUCCGCGCUUCAAACGCAGCGGCGACCUGCAAAUGGAGUGGAGCAACGAAGACGACACGAGCGAGAAGGACAAUCCGCUCUACGCGAAGCGAGCCAAAGUGCAUUUGGCCUUCGGGAAGGGAUAUGUCGCAGGGAUGGAUAUGCGUCAGCAGCGGAAAGACAACGAAUAUAUGGAGUCGCUGCUAUCGAUUCGCCGCCAGGCCGAGCGGGAACGCACGAUUCCCGCCUCGCAGAACGCCGAGGAACUCAACCGGCAGCUCGUCGAAACCAUCCACAAGCGCCAAAUGGAGAAGGAUGAAACGGCUUCGGUGCGCAGCGGAGCAGGCCACGGAAGUCACUGGAGCGAGAAGGAGCUGAAGGACAUGACGCAGCGCGACUGGCGGAUCAUGAAAGAAGACUUCGAGAUCCGCGUGCAGGGCGCGAAGCAGAUCAACCCGCUUCGUUUCUGGUCGGAAGCCGCGGUUCAUCCUGCGAUUCUGCGAGCGAUCGAGACGUUGGGAUUCAAAGAACCGACGCCGAUCCAGCGGCAGGCGAUUCCGAUCGAGCUGAAGGGCAUGGAUAUGAUCGGCAUCGCGAAGACGGGCAGCGGCAAGACGUGCGCGUUCGUGGUCCCGAUGCUGCAGUACGUGAUCCAAGCGCCCAUCGAAACGCGUCUGCAGAGCAAGGAGCAGGGUCCGCUGGCGGUGGUGAUGGCGCCAACGCGCGAGCUGGCGAAGCAGAUCCGCGACGACGCGGAGAAACUGGCGCAGUUCUGCGUGGACGAGCGAUUGGCGCAGUCGCGAAGCCCGCGGAUUCGAAUCGCGUGCAUGGUGGGAGGCGAGUCGAUCGUGGAGCAGUCGUCGUUCCUGUCGAACGGUUGUGAUAUUCUGAUUGGAACGCCCGGACGUCUGCUGGACUGUCUGGAGCGUCAUUUCGUUGUGUUGAAUCAAACAAACUAUAUCGUGCUCGACGAAGCCGAUCGAAUGAUCGACGAGGGCUUCGAGGAAAGCGUGAACGCCGUGAUGGACGCCAUGGGCAGCACGCUGAAGUCGGAGGAAGAAGAGGACAUUGAGAAGGCAGCCGAAGGCGUGGCGAGCCUCACGAAUAUGUACAGAACCACGAUUAUGUUCUCUGCCACCAUGCCGCCGAAAGUGGAGGCGAUUGCAAAGCGAUACAUGCGAUGCCCGGUCCAAGUCACGAUCGGAACGCCCAGCGGAACCACCAAAGUCGAUAUCAAACAGAUCAUUAACAUGGUGCGAGAGAGCGACAAGCCUUCCAUGCUCUUGAAGAUCAUUCGGAACAACGAAACGCCUGCGAUCGUGUUCUGCAAUCGCAAAGAGACUGUGGACACGGUCACGCGCAGUCUUCACGAUAGUGGCCAUCGCACCGUCGCUCUGCGCGGCGGAAUCCAGCAGAGUCGUCGUGAAGAGGCCCUGGAAGACUUCAGAAGAGGCGUUUACGAUAUCAUGGUCGCGACCAACGUGGCGGCACGCGGUUUGGACAUCAAGGGCGUGAAAUUGGUCGUGAACUACGAUAUGCCCGAUUCGUUGGAGCUGUACAUCCACCGAAUUGGACGAACGGGCCGUGCGGGAGCGACGGGCCUCGCGGUUUCGCUGGUGACGGAGAAGGACAGCGCGCUGUUCCCCGAUUUGGUGGAGUAUCUCAAGAAGGAGAAGCAGCAGAUCCCGAUCGAUCUGGAAAGACACAAGGUGGUGAGGGAGGCGAGCCAGCUGUCGAAGAUGGCGGAUACUCAGGACGAAGGAGGGACGAUGGAGUUUAAGAUGAUUUGAUGAAGGUUUGUUGGAAGAGAGAUUUCGUAUUUUUGAUACAGUGAUAUG